UGUUGUGCUGCUACUGCCGCUGCUUCUGUUGCCGCUGCCGCUGCUGCUGCUACCUCUGCCGAUAUUGCUCUAUAGCCAUAGCUUCUAUAGCUUCUGUGCCGUUCCCGUCGCCUAGUGGGCAGCUCAGUUACAAGACCAUUAUUUGACGUAUUUUUUGCGCGCUCGGUUGGUCGUUUGGUUGGUCGCUCUCUCGGUCUCCGGAUCGUAUCGCAUCGCAUCGCAUCGCACCGCACGGCAUCACAUCGGUUAUAUCCAUAGCCCAAAAGCCCCCCUUUUUUCGCUUCGAUGUGGAGCAGCAGUUGCGCUCCGUUCGUGGACCGGGCACGGGUAUCGCAUUCAUGAGCUGGCUCAUUGGCAAUCAUUUGGAUUCGUACGCCAUUCGAACCGGUGGCCACCUCACACAUCCAGAUGGUCCAUAUGCCAGGUCGAUCGAUCGCGCGUGUUAAGUGCUAAACUCAAACAUAGUAAAACCAUAACCAUAUCGGAUUGAUUCGAAGAAUCCUCCGAAGAAAACCCAAAGUGAUAGUGAAGAAAACUAAAUCAGAGCCAAGCCAAGAGGAAUUGAAAUUAGUGACUAAACCAGUGUUGUGCCCAAGCAAGAUUGCUUCGUUCCGGUGGAGAAUAGUAUGCCAAUUUGUUCACAGUGGAUUCAACGAAUAAAAUGGCCGUUGGACCGACGGAGGGCAAACAGCCGCCCUCAGAGAGCUUCUCGCCCACGCACCACCAGAUUAUAGCACCCAGCCCCAUCCUGGCCGUUCCAACGCUGGCCUUCUCCGCCGCCCAGGUGGAGAUCGUAUGUAAGACGCUCGAGGAUUCCGGCGACAUCGAGCGGUUGGCUCGCUUCCUGUGGAGCCUGCCGGUGGCCCUGCCCAACAUGCACGAGAUCCUCAACUGUGAGGCGGUGCUCCGUGCUCGCGCAGUGGUCGCCUAUCAUGUGGGCAACUUCAGGGAACUUUAUGCAAUAAUAGAGAAUCAUAAGUUUACUAAGGCGUCCUACGGCAAACUGCAGGCCAUGUGGCUGGAGGCCCACUACAUUGAGGCCGAGAAGCUGCGCGGUCGAUCAUUGGGUCCCGUGGACAAGUAUCGGGUGCGAAAGAAGUUCCCACUGCCGCCGACAAUCUGGGAUGGCGAGCAGAAGACGCACUGCUUCAAGGAGCGCACGCGGAGCCUACUGCGCGAAUGGUACCUACAGGAUCCCUAUCCGAAUCCCACCAAGAAGCGGGAGCUGGCCAAGGCCACCGGGCUGAAUCCCACGCAAGUGGGCAACUGGUUCAAGAACCGCCGCCAGCGGGAUCGGGCUGCUGCGGCCAAGAAUCGCAUCCAGCACAGCCAGAAUAACUCGGGAAUGGGCUGUCGCAGCCGGCGGGCUGAUGGAGCUGCCUCGCCGACGCCCUCGGACAGUUCAGACUCGGACAUUUCUCUGGGCACCCACUCACCGGUGCCCAGCAGUCUGCAGCUGCAGCACAGUCCGGGCAGCACCUCCAACGGAGCCAACGACCGCGAGGAGAGCCUGAGCGUGGACGACGACAAGCCGAGGGAUCUGAGCGGAUCGCUACCGCUGCCCCUUUCCCUGCCCCUGCCGUUGGCCUCGCCCACCCACACGCCGCCACAACUGCCGGCGGGCUAUGGCGGCGGAGCGGGCGGAGGACCUGGCGGACCACUGACCGCACCCGGCUGCCUGCCUCCCUUCAAGCUGGACGCGGCCACCAGCCUUUUCAGCGCCGGCUGUUACCUGCAGAGCUUCAGCAACCUGAAGGAGAUGUCCCAGCAGUUCCCAAUCCAGCCGAUUGUCCUGCGUCCGCAUCCACAGCUGCCCCAGCCAUUGGUAUUGAAUGGAGCAUCCGGCGGGCCACCACUGCAUCAUCCGGCCUAUGCGGCUGCCUACAGUGUGGAGUGUGUUCCGGGUCAUGGACCACCACAUCCACCUCCGAAGCUGAGGAUCAACUCACCGGAGAAGCUCAACUCCACGGCAGUGGCGGCGGCGGCCUCGGCUGGUGGCGGAGGCGGAGGAGGAGGUGGAAACCAUCACCAUGAGCCAACAACCACUGGCUACCAUCACAGUGGCCAGCUGCUACUCCAUCGACCCUUCUCCACGUCGCCGGAACUCAAGCACAGUGCUCCCGAGAUCACAUGAUAUCAGCGGGUCUGAGGUGUUACUCUAUAAGCCCACCCAGAACACCCGUGUCCCCAAUCCUCACCAGAAACGAAGCACUAAGGCCCAGCUAUUCAGAUUGUUUCAAUUGUAUUUCUAAGUUAGACCGUAGUUAAGCGCAUCCCAGCGGCAGAGUUCGAGCAAUAUUCGAUCCGGAACUGUUUCCUAUAUCAUGACCCAUAAUUACCUAUACCUAUACCGUUAUCCAGCAGCAGCAAAUCGCAAGCGUCGCACACUCACUCUUCAAAGAUAGCCAUUUAAGCCGGAUGGAAAAUGAGAUACAGAUUUAAAGGUAUAAUUCAGAUGGCGGGUAGAAAGGAAUCCCCAAACUGAACUUGAAUUCGAAACGUUUUCAUUCUAAUUUUGUGUGUGUGUACGUAUUUGUAAAUAGAGUUUAAGUAUGCAAAUCAUAGAGCUUACGUAUACAUUUAGAUUGCAAUAAAAACCGAAUGAACAGUUAAGAAUUUGAAUCAUUAUA